AUGACGCGUGGGUCGGAAAAUUUUGUUCAGACAUUUGUGCACAAAUUUGCUGCUAAAACUCGAAUUCUCGCCACUACUGGUAUUGAAAUACUACGGCUUGUCGAGAAUGUACCACACAUUCUAGUUGAGGAUGAAAAGUUCAUGAAGAUGCAAGUUGCAGCACAAAAACUUCUCGGUGUUUCGGAGGAUGACUCAAAGCUGCAGUCGAAACAGUAUACUACAACUAACUGUGUGAUCGAUAACAAUGUUGGCAUGGAUGAUGCUGGGGUCGGUAUUAUACGAGAUGACGUUGUUGUGUCCGAGCAUCUUGAUGAUGGUGAAACACGUGUAAAUGUGGCCGAUGUUCACGUAACUCAAGGUAUUGUUUGUGAUGAUGGCCUGGAUGGAAACUCGAGGCCGAAGAGGCUAACAAAUGUGACUAGUGCAAUC